AUGCAAAAACCUCCAAGGAACAUUGAAGAGUUCUUAAAGUUUCAAAAUUGGGAUUACUGGCCAAGGGAAAUCCAUUUUGGAAAUAGUGAUGAAUGGUUACACACUGUGAAGAAAAUAAAAGAAGAUAGUUCAUUUACUUCAAUUUAUACACAUCUGUGGGGAACAGUCCCUCGAAUACAUGAGGCAGUCAUGGCCAUGGAGACAAGAUUAGGGGAAUGUUCAGUCCUUUUGAAAAGCCAUGCCUCUAAAAUAUUUGAGUGGAAGAGCAUAACUUUUGAUACUAGUUCUAAAGGAAAUUUGGAAAGAUACAAAACAUUUCUAAGGAAGUACCAUAGGAGAAAGAAGAUAAUGCUUUCAGAGGAAAUGGAGACAAAGAAGACUGUAGAGGGUUUCACCUUCUCAGGAUUCAAAACAAAUGAGCUUACUCAGCUACCCAGACAUUUGGAUGCUGAACAAAUUUAUCUUUUUAUUUUAAAAGCCCAUAACUUUGAUGAAAAGGUUUUCAAAAUCUGGAAGACCCAUUUUCUCUCAGAAGCCUCUAUUGCUCUUUUACAUGAUUCCUUUUGGUGGUGGUUUCUGCAUAAAUUUAAGGUGUAUCCUGAUUGUUUGUCACAGGCCAUCUAUGCAACAUUCCAGGAAGCAUUUCCAGAAUCCAGUAAUCUUUUUAAUGAUGAAUUUAAAGAAGAACUAGGGAAUAACAUUUUUCUUUGGUUGUCAGGUUUAAAACCUCAAAAAGGGUUUUGGACUCACUGGGAUCUAAAAGAGCUCAUCACAACAACCAUUCAUGGUACUAAGAAAGCACCUUCAACAUCUGUAAAGGACAGGAUUAAAAAGAGUCAGACACGUAUAACGGCUGGUAAGUAAGUUUAUUGUUA